GGGGGCCCGCAGCGCCAUGUCCUCCCCAAAGAACGGCUUCUACCGGCAGGAGAUCACCAAGACCCUCUGGGAAGUGCGGGACCGCUACCGGGACCUGCAGCCGGUGGGGUCGGGCGCCUACGGAGCCGUCUGCUCAGCUGUCGAUGGACGAAGUGGUACCAAAGUGGCCAUUAAGAAACUGUACCGGCCGUUUCAGUCUGAACUCUUUGCCAAGCGAGCUUACCGAGAGCUGCGCCUCUUGAAACACAUGAAGCACGAAAACGUCAUUGGAAUACUGGAUGUGUUCACACCAGAUGUAACACUGGAGAAGUUUAAUGACUUCUACCUCGUCAUGCCAUUUAUGGGAACAGACUUGAGUAAGAUAAUGAAGCAUGAGAAACUAACUGAAGACCGAAUCCAGUUCCUGGUAUAUCAGAUGUUGAAAGGCUUAAAGUAUAUUCACUCAUCAGGCAUAAUUCACAGGGAUCUAAAGCCUGGAAACUUGGCAGUAAAUGAAGACUGUGAAUUGAAGAUUCUGGAUUUCGGAUUGGCGAGGCAUACAGACAGUGAGAUGACUGGUUAUGUGGUUACAAGGUGGUACAGAGCCCCAGAGGUCAUCCUUAACUGGAUGCAUUAUACUCAAACAGUUGACAUCUGGUCUGUGGGCUGUAUAAUGGCUGAGAUGAUAACGGGGAGGCCUCUGUUCAAAGGAAAUGAUCAUCUGGACCAACUCACAGAAAUAAUGAAAAUAACAGGUACACCAACUCAAGAUUUUGUUCAAAAAUUGCACAGUCAAGAUGCAAAAAACUAUAUCAAAAGCCUCCCAAAAGUCCAGAAGAAAGAUUUUGCAUCCAUCUUGAAGUAUGCGAAUCCUUUGGCUGUAAAUCUUUUGGAGAAGAUGCUGGUGCUGGAUGCGGAGAAGCGAGUCACAGCAGCUGAGGCUUUGAUGCAUCCUUACUUUGAACCAAUUCAUGAUCCUGAGGAAGAAAUUGAAGCUGAGAAAUAUGAUGACACAUUUGAUAACAUGGAUCUACCCCUAGAUGAGUGGAAGCGCAUUACAUAUAAAGAGAUACUGAACUUCAAGCCGUCACAGACAUCCGACUCAAAGGAGACAGCAGUGUAAUUGUAUGACUUAAUCUUUUCAGAACUCUGAAGAAAACAGAAAAGUUGUAAAUGUUUCUGACAUUUCAGGUGUAUAAAACUUUAUAAAUAAACUGUAUGUAAUCUGUUUCAUCUGCACUGUAAGAAAGAGCAAUGUUUUUUACUCUGCAUGUGGAAGUUGGUGCCUUUGGGAGUAGCAUUUCAAAAAUACCCAGAAACUUACGCCUACGACUUCUUCCUUCUGCACAAAAGGAUUCAGACUGCAAUAAGCCCAAUGCCAUCCUCAAAAGAGCAGCUAGGACUAAUUCUUCAACUCAGAGAUCACAAGAGCACAAGUUACCCCGCCAAGCAAACUAAGACAGAGUGUGUCAGAGAUGUGCUGUGACUGCUCUCCGAGGCCACUGAACCAUCCUGAAUGCAAGAACUAUUCAUGUGAUUUCUUCUGGAAUAUUUCACUCUGUUAAGAAGCCCUGGAAUGCUAAUCAUCUUCUGCUACCUCAGCUACUGCAGUGGGUAGCAGCAACACAGCUCAAAUAAAUGUCUGUUUCCCCUGUCCUAUGUGAGUGGAAGAGAACCUGAGCUCCAGACAGUUCUGACAGAUCUGGGCAAGAAGCAAAAAAGCAGGGAAGUCUCAAUGUGGGUGUGGUCUAUCUGGACUUCAGCAAAGCCUUUGACACCGUCUCCCACAGAAUACUCCUGGAAAAGCUGGCAGCCCAUGGCUUGGACAGGGCACUCUGUGCUGGAUUAAGAACUGUCUGAAGAGUCGGGCCCAGAGAGUGGUGGUGAACGGGGCUGAAUUCAGCUGGCGGCCGGUCACCAGUGGUGUCCCCCAGGGAUCAGUACUGGGCCCAGUUCUAUUUAAUAUCUUUAUUGAUGAACUGGAUGAGGUGAUUGAGUGAGGGGAUUUGCAAACAACACCAAGAUGGUGGGGAGUGUCAAUUUGCUGGAGGAUAGGAGGGCCCUUCAGAGGGAUCUGGACAGGCUGGAUAAAGGGGCUGAAUCCAAUGGUAUGAUGUUUGACAAGACCGAGUACUGGGUCCUGCACUUUGGCCACAACAACCCCCUGCAGCGCUACAGGCUGGGCACAGAGUGGCUGGAGAGCAGCCAGGCAGAAAAGGACCUGGGAGUUUGGAUUGACAGGAAGCUGAACAUGAGCCAGCAGUGUGCCCAGGUGGCCAAGAAGGCCAAUGGCAUCCUGGCCUGGAUCAGGAACAGUGUGGCAGCAGGAUCAGGGAAGUGAUUCUUCCCCUGUACUCAGCACUGGUGAGGCCACACCUGGAGUGCUGUGUCCAGUUCUGGGCCCCUCAGUUAAGGAAGGAUAUUGAGGUGCUGGAGCAGGUCCAAAGAAAGGUAGCAAGGCUGGUGAAGGUACUGGAGCACAAGUCCUGUGAGGAGAGGCUGAGGGAGCUAGGGCUGUUUAGCCUAGAGAAGAAGAGAUUCAGGGAAGACCUCAUUACUCUCUACAACUACCUGAAAGGAGCUUGGAGCAAGGUGAGGGUCGAUCUCUUCUCCUGGGCAACCAGCAGUAGUAUGAGAGGGCACUCCCCUGUCUUAAGCUCUGCCAGGGGAGUUUUAGAUUAGACAUUAGGAAGAAAUUCUUUACAGAGAGAGUGAUCAGACAUUAGAAUGGGCUGCCAGGGAGGUUGUGAAUUCACCAUCCCCGGAGGUAUUUUAAGAAGACUGGAUGUGGCACUUAGUGCCGUGGUCUAGUUGACCAGAUGGCAUUGGGUCAUAGGUUGGACUCGAUCUCAAAGGUCUUUUUCAACCUAGUUGAUUCUGUGAUUCAAUUGUCCUAGAUUUUUUUUAAAGUAAUCAGUGUAGCAGGACAAGAUUUCACAAACACUAAGUAAACAGUCCCUGCAUAUACACUCACUGUCAACACAUAUAUUUUUCUCCAAAUACAGUGCAGUCUCGUUGUAUAGUAGACUAGGGAUUAAGGAUUUCUGGGGAGAAAUUCUUCAGACUUUCUAAAAUUUUGUAAGCUCUCUAGCAUCUUAGUAUUGAGAUGAUCAUUGGGAAAGUAAAUAUUCUCAGAGUAUGUACUGGUUAUAGAAUCAGCAAUGCUGAUUUUAGAAAGAAAGCUGCAUACAGGUCACAUUACAGAAAAUGAAAUGAGGACCAAAAUGCUGCUCUGCACAUGCUUAUAGGGAAUACCUGUGCCAAAUCAUUUUGGUCACAGUGUACAGAGCUGUUACCAGGUGCACAGUAACAAUUAUUCCUUUUUUUAGCAUUUUGAACUCAUCUUACUUGGAAAAACCUUCAGACCUUCUAUUGUGAGGUGCCUUACCAGAAGGAGUCAGCUUUCUGAUGGUAUAGAUCAGUUACACCCUUCGUGAAUUUCUCUUUACUGUUCUCUUACUGUAUUUUCCUAGGUGCUUAGUUUGUAAAGGUCUGUGAGAGGUAGGAAAAAGCAAGUGGUAAACCUUUGUGAAGAAUUUCUAGGAGAAACUGCUUGUCUUUCUUAAAGGAAAUGUCUUUACAAUUGACUGUUUGGAUGUGGGUUAUUCCCAGUGUAGUAUGCUGGGGUGUGUUACUACUAAGUGAAACAUAUGUGGAGGAAGAUAUUUGAUCUUAGCAGGUAGUAACUGGAAGAGAAGUAAGAAGUUACCUGGAGUUUUUUGCUUUAAUAUCCAAUAUAAACCCUAAGUUUAAUCAAGGCACAGUUAUUCUGUUUCUUUCAAUGAAUGUUUAAGUUAAACACCUGUAAAUACUAGCAUUUGUUUAAAAAGUGUGAUGAGCAUUGAUUAGCUGAGAUGGACACCUAGAGAGACUAAAUAGUAACAGAAACCUUGAAUUCAUGAACUUGACAAGUCAUUAGAAACUACAGUUUCAGGAAUGCAUGAAAAAAAACAACCAUAGAAUGUAAAUAAAAUCAAAACAUUUUUCCACACAGAUCGUGGAGGAGGGCACACUUAAGAGUCAUACCCCAUUUUGCCCUAUGGACUUUCUUCUCAGUCUACACUUCUGUUUUAAAUAGGAACCUUAUUUUUUAUAGAGUAGAUGUGCUUUCUUAGGUCUGUGUUCUGUGGUCCUCUUAAAAGUCAUGGGGGAAAAAUACCUAUUGAAAUUAGUGGGCUUGAUAGAGCCUGUCAAUGGGAAUUGGAAAAUGUCAGAACUUAUUUGAAGAUGCUGCCCCUAUAUUUUAAAUGGAAUUCAGUGUCCUAAAUUCUAGCAAAUAUCUUAAGUCUGGAGAUGAUGUGGAUGGCUCAAAUGUUAGUCAGACUUGGAGGGAGUAUUUUUUAAUUGAGAAACUGCUUUGCUCUUUCUUCCUAAAUGCCAGCAUUUCAGUGGGCAUUUUCACUUCCCCCACCUUCACUUUAGUAAAGUCAAGCUCUAAAAUCCUCUAUUGGCUGAGAUGAACUUUUCUCUCUCUUAACUUAGCAUUGCAGAGGCAGCUGGCAUGCAUGAGAAAGACAUAAGAAGGAAAUGUUAGUUUUUCUAGAUACUGGAGAAAUACAGAACUCUUAAAUAACUGAAGAGAACACCUUGUUCCAUAUGUCAGCAAAGAGGAAGUACUGCUGUGCUGUCUAGUCAGCAAACAGUCUGGAAAGUAAAAUAACAAAUGUGGAAAGUUCAUCACAUCUUGACAAGAAGUUUCUGUGAAGAGAUUGAAAUCUGCAGAAAUGUCUCCAAAUGGCAAUAGAGAUUAUCAGUAUAAAUAGCUCAGUAAAAGAAUUCAGAGGUGAAAGCAGAAAUAUUUUGCAUGGGAAGCAGCUACUACUCCAAAGGGAGAGACAACAUUUCCUAAAUUUUUAUUUGCUAUUUCUACUGGUGUUAAGCAACUCAGGAAUAAGGACCCAAUUUCUGUUUGCCUUAAAGAGAAAUGUAAAUACAUUCUGCGUGGACUUGAAAUGUAUUGUGAUAAAUAAAG